UGGAAUCCGACCUGCCAGGGAGCACUAAACUGCCACUAGUCUGCAGGAGACCCACCAGAUUGAUUGUCGAGACGGGACGAUAUCGACAGGUCACAGAGACCUGGCUGGCAAGGGCAAUUUUCCACGCUUGGGUGAGCAGGUGGCUGCACUACUGCUAUGGCUGUCAAUAAUAGACUUACUGCGCAACUUGCAGAAUUGACUAUGACAUCGGUCAAAUUUACGAUCCAGAUGGUACUGACCCUUCUGGUCAGUGAGCAGGAGGGAAUGGGGUGAACCGUUCAUUUAAAUUGGGUACCACCCAACAAUUGGUCCCUGUAUCUACAAGUGCAAGCUUGCUGCUGGCCCCAUGGCGUCGAUAGCUCAUGAUGGGCACCUUGGAUACAGUCACGACAAUCUCCGCCAUGUGGUCAUCACAGCCACAUGUUUUGCCCUGAGUAUCUCCACUAUCUCGGUUGCUUUGCGUCUUCUGUGUCGAAAGAUCACAGGCACCAAGGUUUUUUUCGACGACUAUUUAAUUAUAGUGGCCCUGGUGUUUUUGUAUGGCGUGUCUAUUGCCGGCGUUGUCCUACUCUAUAAUGGACUCGGUACCCACGUCUACUACGUACCAGCAGCAGACUUGGUGGUCUAUCUCAAGGUGCUCGCCACUGGGAGUUUUCUGUACCCCCUAUGCAUCGCCUUCACCAAGUUGUCCAUCUUGGCACUGUACAAGCGGAUCUUCUCCAUCCGACCGAUGAUUCUGGCCGCCAACAGUGUGGGGGCGUUGGUUAUUCUGUGGUGUUUCGGGGUGUGUCUGAUUGGGACCGUGACGUGCAUUCCGCUGCAAAAGCUGUGGGACCCUACGAUUCCGGGGGGAUGUAUCAACCUGGCCAAGUUCUACUAUGGAUUGCAAAUCCCCAAUAUCGCCACUGACGCCAUUAUUCUCGUGCUGCCGAUGAAGCAUGUCUGGGAAUUGCAAGUGCCGCGAUCUCAGAAGGUCAUGUUGACCGGUAUUUUCCUCCUCGGAGCUCUAACCCUGGCUUUUGACAUUGUCCGCUUGGUGACUCUGAUCGAGCUGUCCCAGGCCGGCGACGACAUCACCUACAACCAGGUGCCUGCCAGCGUGUGGACCUGCAUCGAACCGUGUGUCGGCAUCACGGCCGCUUGUCUAUCGAAUAUGCGACCGCUGUUUCUGAUGUUGACUCGGCUUCCUGGCAAGAUUCCCCGACUGUCCCAACCAUCCAGCACCGGCUCCGGGGAAGCCAACCGAUCCAAGAUUGUGUUUACACAGACGGUGCGGGUGGCCAGCUCGCAUGGGGAUGAUCGAUCUGCCACUCCGAGUCGACUGCAUCGGUUUCCUUAUAUCGGACGGUCGCCCAGCGUGUCCAUCAGUAUUGGAGGGGCUGCCUGAUUUGCCGGAGUGUUUGUCGGUCUAGGGGUGGAGGGCCUGGUGCAGUGGAGUUGUACACGCUCGGAUACAGCAACUCUCGUGGUUCGGAAAUAUGAAUCACAUGGUUUAGAAAGGAAUAAAUGAAGCUGCAUGCAGGCUCUGCAAGUCAUGGCCCCCAAUCGUAGGCAUCAGC